GAGAAACAGAAGUGGACAGAAGUUAUUUUGACCUCCCCCUGUGAUGAAAAAAAUUUGGUACAGUCCAAAGAGAUUUCAGGUUAAGAAGUUUGUUUGCUGCAGGGAUCUGCAAACUCUCUGUGCACGUUUGCCUGGCAGAACAGGAACUCCAUGGCUUAAAAUCAUUUUAAUUCAGACAGAGUCCAUGGGUUCUACCUCAGCCAAGCCCUUUAAAAAUCAGAAGUAUGAAGACCUCAAGCGACGGUGCCUUGAACGGAAGAAGCUCUUUGAAGACCCUGAGUUUCCUGCUUCAGAUGCUUCUCUCUUCUAUCUGAAUCCACCACUAGCGAAUGUGGAAUGGAAACGCCCCAAGGAGUUCUGUGAAGAUCCACAGCUGACCGUAAACGGAAUCAGUUCCCAUGAUUUACAUCAAGGGAGCCUGGGAAACUGCUGGUUCGUGGCUGCUUGUUCUUGCCUAGCUCUUCGGAAGACGCUGUGGCAGAAGGUGAUCCCAAAUAUUAAGGAACAGGACUGGGACCAAAAGAGACCAGAAAAAUAUGCUGGGAUAUUUCAUUUCCGUUUCUGGUGCUUUGGAGAAUGGAUUGAUGUGGUCAUAGAUGACCGAUUGCCGACCGUGGACAAUAAACUGAUCUACUGCUCUUCUAAGGACCCCAAUGAAUUCUGGAGUGCACUUCUGGAGAAAGCUUAUGCAAAGAUGGCAGGUUGUUAUGAAGCCUUGGAUGGGGGCAGCACAGCCGAGGCAAUUGUCGAUUUCACAGGAGCCAUAGCAGAAUCCAUCAACCUAAUUGAUGGUAAUUAUAACCACAGUAUCAUUGAGCAGGUGAAACUCUUCAGAGAAUUGCUGAAAGUUCAUAAAAGGGGAGGAUUGAUCAGCUGCUACAUCGUGCCUUCAUCCCUCAGUGAUUUUGAAGUAGAGACUGACAGGGGCUUAGUCAAAGGUCAUGCCUAUUCGGUGACAUCUAUCCUGAAAAUGUCUGUUGGACAGAAGCACCUGUGCGUUGGAAAGUCUAAGAAAUUCUUCAUGAUCCGAUUAAGGAAUCCUUGGGGAAACAAGGAAUGGAAUGGAGCAUGGAGUGAUGAGUCUGAGGAAUGGAAAAAAGUGAGCAAAUCGGAGCGCACAAGAUUAGGUCUCACCCUUGAAAAUAAUGGAGAAUUUUGGAUGACAUUUGAAGACUGGUGCAAGAACUUUACUGAUGUGGACAUCUGUCGGAUUGUGAACACGUCUUUCUUCAGUAUCCAUAAGACCUGGGAAAAGAAAAUGAUGCGUGGAGAGUGGACCAAGAAUCCAGAUCCCUUGUUAAAUCGCUCUGGAGGGUGUUUAAACCAUGAAGCAACCUUUCUCCAAAACCCUCAGUACAUCUUUGAUGUUAAGAAGGUGGAGGACAAAGUCUUGAUCUCCCUACAACAGAAGGACCAACGGAUUCACAGGAAAGAAGGGGCAGGAGAUAACCUUGUUAUUGGCUUUGAGAUUUUCAAGGUGGAGGAUAACCGAGACUAUCGCUUGCACCAGUUGAAAAUGCAAGAGAGAAUAACUAACUUCACCUACCUGAACAAUCGCACCAUGUAUCUGAAAGUGCUUCUCAAGCAAGGCCGGUACCUUUUGACUCCAACCACUUUUUCUCCAAACACUGAAGGGGAAUUCAUUCUGAGGCUCUUCACGGAUGUUCCAUCAGCACUCAGGGAGCUGAAACUGGACAAACCCAGGCUGUCUUUCCUGGAUAUCCUGCUGGGUGUCCCUAAGAGGGUGUCCCUUGUUAAAGUCUACAGGGUGGAAGGACUCCAGAGUCAGAGCAGUCACGGGGAAACCAACCUUUAUAUAAUUAUUAAGUGUGAGAACAGCAAGGUUCAGUCUCCCUCUCAGAAGAGCACGGGGACCGCUCUUUUCAACACCCAGGCUGUUUUCUACAAAAGGAAGGUUGACAGCCCCAUUAUCGUCCAGGUCUGGCACGAUGCCUUCUUUGACAGAUUCCUAGGAGAAGUCCGGUUGUCUGGGUCACCCAGUGACCCUCGGGAUCUUCAGAAGUAUCAACUUCAUGGCCGAGGCCUGCAGGAAGCAGAAGAAGUGCCCGGUCAAAUCACCAUCAAGAUACUUUCUAGUGAUGACCUGGUGGAACUAUGAGUUGCAGAGGCUGAUGGACCCCAAGAGGGAGCGAUGCUGUUAGAAUCCCCUCUUUGGUUUGUAAUCUCUGGGUUGCACAUGGACAGUACAAAAAUUUGUAAAGAGAGACAGAUGGGACAGGAUUGUCGCCGAUGUACUGACCUCCUCCUUUCCUCAUUUACUCUCCAAAUUGUAAUCCGUGCUAAACGAUGGUUCAUUCACAACCACAUUUACAGCUUUUCAGCCUUUCGGUUAGGAAAAUAGGGUCAUGUCACAGAGCUAGCUAGCUUAGCUUCCAAACCCAACUCCUGAAUAGCUUCACACCCAUUUUCUCAGUGGAAGUGGCGGAUUGUUUGGGUCAACUGAGUUACUUUUGGGAUGAAAUACCAGCUUUGUCCCAGAUCCUGCUGGGACUGCUAAGAAGAGCCCAUUGUCUCUUCUGUGUCUUCAGAAUCGAUGCAGCCACUGAAUAAGAGAUGCUAUAUUUGACGUAUGGGAUGACACAUCCCAUGAUGGGAGGCUUAAUGUUGCACAAUGGCCAAAUAGCCGUCUUGCCUGUUGGAGUUGCAACAAAUGAGUAGCUUUUCUUCACACAGCCCUGUCUUGUACUUGAGUUAAAUCAUCAUCAUCAUCCCAUAAAGGGAAAACUGCUCUCCAACAGUCACCAUUUUUUUCUUCCUGGUGAACAGAGAGUCCCUGAUUUCAGCACCAGUUGGGAGCAUCAAAUUCAUUGUCAAAUGGUGCACUCAGUAAGGGAAGCACCACCCCCGAUCUCAUGACCUUUUCGCCACAGUUGUUAAGCAAAACAUCACGCGGUUGCAAUUUUCAACCUAGCUUCUCCGUUGACUCUGCUUGUCAGACGCCAGCUGGAGAGGUUGGAAAUGGCAAUCACGUGACCCCGGGACAUUGCACCCCGGUGAUCACAGGACCCCAGGAUGCACAACAGUUGCUAAGUGCCUAAAUCACAAUCAUGUGAUGGUGGGGGCACUGUGAUGGUCAUAAAUGCACGGAGCGGUCAUAAAUCACUUUUUUCAGCACUGUUGUGACUUUGAAUGGUUGUUAAACCAACCAUUGUAAGUCGAGAACUGCCUAUAUGUGGAGGACAAUAGUUCAUUGGGCCUCUUCUGGCAUGGGUUCCUACAGUGGGAAUAUCUUCAAGCAGAGACUCGCCCCAAACAUUCUUGCUGAUGAGAUGAGAGGCAGAAAGAAAUCAGAGUUGUUUUAGGAUACCCCAAAGAAGUCUUGUCUCUUCACAUUCCAGGGUGUUCUUCAACAUCUGGGGCAUAUUUUUAGGGAGAUCCUAAAAUGGAUGAGGAUAGAGGGAAAGGAACUGUCAUUCCUACCACACCUAACACUCUAAAUGGAAAGGACCUUUGGCUCCAUUUGUUGAGAAAGAUAUAGUUCAGUGGUGGCGAACCUAUGGCACAUGUGCCAGAAGCAGCACUUGGAGUUCUCUCUGUGGACACACAUGCUGUUGCCCCAGCCUCGCCUCCCCCCGC